AUCUUUUUGAGUAAUUGUUCAAAUUGAUGUUUAUUAACUAAUCCCAAUUUUAGUUAUAUAAAUAAUAAUAAUUAUACAACCUUUUCAGGAUUGUUGUUUCCUGUGAGUGACAGAGAAGGAAAUAAAUACUUAAAUACCUAUUUUUUUACCUAUAAACUUUUGACAACCGCUGUACGAUCAGGUAGAAAAUGAAAAAGUUUGAUGAUCUUUAUCUCACCUCACCUGUAUUUAUGUUAAAUUGCUCCUAGUACCUAGUAUUUUUCGUUUUGUUUGAAGAUCUGUUCUUAUUAUCUCUGUUAUUAUUUAGAUAUUUAAAACGUUUAGUAAUGUGUUAGCAUAAUUCUGUUUUCAAUAACUUAGUAAAAGAAUAUCAACUAUGUCAACAAUAGAGGAAGACGUUGAAUUACGUGAUUUGGUAUCUCAAACUUUAGAAAAGAAUGGAUGUUUAGCAAAACUUCGGGCUGAACUUAGAGCAAGUAUUUUUCUUGCCUUGGAUGAAGAUCUGAAACUUAGUAAACAUCAACCAUUACAAAAUUUAAGAGUUCAAUCGUAUCUUGAAACAGCAGAAGGAAGAAUAAUGUUUUGUUUGGUUAGAGAAUUUUUAGAAUUUUUUAACCUUCAGUUUACUAUAUCAGUGUACGAACCUGAAUCUUAUUUAGAUAGUAUUUAUCACUAUGAAGGUAGACAAAAAACUGCAAGAGAUUUAGGAUUAGGAAAUAUUGAAGAAUCCACAGUUCCUUUAUUACAACAUCUUCUUAAAAUUGCUCAAGCGGGAAAUAAUGUUUUAGAUAUAAAUUUGAAUUUAGACAAUAAUAUUAGUGGCAGCUUUAAAGAUGAAUCAGUAGAUAUCAAUAGCAGCUAUAAGAAGACUGAAAUGGAUGGUAAUUCACCUACGAUAACUUCAAAUACGACACAAACUCAGAAGAAGCUAAACUCAACUUUUGAUGUAAAUGCACUUGAUAGUCAUAUUAGUAAACAUACUAGACAUACAAAUGAAGUAAAAUCUAAUGCACCAGAAACUGUGAAAGAAAAAAAUUUCAAAGAUAGUAGCUCAGCAGUUGAUUCAAAUAUUUCUAAUUCUAACAACACUAGAAAUCUUAAUGAUUUAAAAUUAAUUAAUGUAGAACAUGUGACAGAUGAGCUAGGCAAGAAAAAAUUUAAUCUUGAUGAAACUUUUGAAGUUAAUAUUCCUGACAAUAAUCACAUUGAUAUUAAUAAAUCGAAUGAUAAUAAUGCAAAUCUGAAAAUACAUCAAACUGUAAAUGAAGAUGAUACAUACGAAGAUACUAGUUCUAUUGCAGAGGAUAGUGAAAAUGGGAUUUACUCAAGUUUAAAGGUAACAGAGAUGGCAGUUAAUUUAGUGCCUAGGAGUGACUUAAAUGUUAAUAAUAUAAAUGAAUCCAUAACACUUUCUAAAGCAAAAAUAGAAAUUGAAAAAACAAAAUAUGUACCUCAAAGGCCGAAAACUAUAGGUUGUCAUGUAGAGCUACCUCCCCUUCCAGUCAGUAAUAAGACUAAAUUAAAGAAUCAGAUUUUGCCAUCAUUAUAUAAUAAAGAUUUUAAAGAUAAAACAAAUUUAAAGGAAUUGGAUAAACUAUUUCAUAUGGAGGCUGAAUAUGAAGAAGACUUUAUGUGUAAUAAUAGCAAUGAAAUUUCUAUUAGUAAUUCUAGUAUACCAUCAGUUGAGUCUAAAAAUAGUUUAUCGAUUCAUGUAAAAUCUGAAGUAUCUUCUGUUAUUGAUGAACCACAUACUUCUGAUAUGUCAAGUGAAAUAAUACCAUUUAAAGGGGUAGAGAACAAUAUGUCAAAAGAUAUAGUAAAAACUACAGAAAAUGGAAAUUCUAUAAUGGAGCACUCACUCUCUGAAUAAUAUGUUUUGCUAAAAAGUACUCUAUAAGAACAAAUUUGUGACUAGUUAGCAAAAUACUCGUAUAUAUGUAAUACUGCUUUACAUUUAUAUAACUAUAAGAUUAUCUGUUUUUAAUAUUUUUAUUACAGUAUUGCUCAGAUAGUUGAAAAAAUUGUGCCUAAAAUUUAACUGUCCAUAUUAGAUUUGGAAGUGCCUUGAAAUGUUAACUAUACUACAUGCUCUUGAAUAAGAAAUAAAAAUGAUUAUCAAUUUCUGUAAACCUAUUUAUACAAAGGAAAUUGUAAUAGCUAAAACUAUUUAUUAAAGAUAGUCUCUCCUUAUUUAUAUACAUAUCAAUAAUAAGCCGUUAUCGUGCCAUAGUUCGGUUUAACAUUCCUUUAUUUUCAGUACUUAUUAGAUACUAAUCAGUUAGCAAUUUUUAUUUUUUUUAUGUGUGCCUUAAGAGUUUGUGAUUUUUUUAAUGGACUUAAGUUAUUUGUAAUAAACAUAAUGAGAAAUAAAGUGUUUUUAUUUCUAAACAAUAAAA